UUAGAUUUGGAAAAACCGAUGACAAAUACUGAUUGUUGUUUUUUUUAAUAUUAGAUUUGGAAAAGAGAGAUUUUUCCCUUCCCCUUGUCACCCGUCUUGUGGUAGGUUGGGAUUGGGCAAAUCUCCCACGGAAUUUUCUGCGGACGUGUCGUUAUGUAAUGCGUCUCCGUACGGGUGGUUUGUCGACAACAUGAAACAGCUGAUCCAAUCCGACCCAUAUGUCCAGAGCCGUGCGAGCAGGGGGAAUUCGAAGUUUUGCGAAUUUUCUGCUUCGUUGGCUCUCCCCUUUUUUUUGUAUUCUUUCUAUCGCCACUCUGCCAUAAAACUCUCGAAGCGGUGCGGUCCAUCGCAGUCUAGCUUAAUCCUCCUCCUCCUCCUCCUCCGCUUCCCAUGUCUCGACCUCGCUCGGAUGGUGGCAUGGGCGUCGCCACGGGCGGUCCCUCGCUGGCGAACGGCAUCCUCGCCAACGGGGAUUCUGGUCACAGGACAUGCGAGAGCGACUUCCGGGGACUCGAUCGGCCUGGGGUGGCUGGUGCUGCGGCGGCUCCUCUUCCUCCUCCUCCUCCUCCUCCUUCGCCCUCGACCCUCCCCGCUGGCAUUCGUCGGGCGCCCGACGAGGAGCGGCGGAGGCUCCGGCGUUGCGUCGAGGCAGCGACCAAGGGUUUCGCGAUAGGCGCUGGCUUGAAGGGGGGGCUCGCGCUGUUCUCUGUUCUUGUGCGGUUGAAGAGCCGCAGAUCCUUGAGGCCGUCCGCCAGGAAGGCGGGUGUAUUCACGAAUGAGGAGGCUGUAGUUUUGGCAUUGAAGGAGACGCUGAGAUAUGGGUUGUUUCUGGGGACGUUUGCUGGAGCAUAUGUUUCGGUGGACGAGGUUAUCGCUGCAUUCGGUGGCCACAGACGAACUGCAGGUUGGCGAUCCCUCAUAGCAGGGUUGAUUGCUGGUCCAUCAAUGCUCUUAACGGGACCAAAUACACAGCACACUAGCUUGGCUAUAUACAUUCUUAUGCGUGCUGCAGUGCUGGCAUCACGUUGUGGGAUAAAGAGUGAACGAUUUGGUGGUUUGUGUAGACCAUUGACAUGGCUACAUGGUGACAUAUUUCUUAUGUGUCUUUCCUCUUCACAAAUCCUGUCUGCUUACAUUCUGAAGCAAGAUAGUUUGCCAUCAUCAUACAAGUCAUUUCUUAAUAAGCAUGGUGGAAAAGAUGCUGUCAUUCUCCAGGGUGUUAAAGAAAUUGCAUCCAGUAUUCCUUUUUCCAAUUUAGACAAGAUUGAGAAGUAUUACAAGUCUAUCAGUGUUGAUGUGAAACUAGACCCUAACAUGAAAGUUCCAUGCUCGAUUGUUCAUGGCAAUCAAUCUUGUUCUAGGCAUUUCAUAACUUUCCUUUUCCAAGAAUACGGAAGAGCAAUUCCAGUUUAUCUUCCAGUCUACUUGGUUCCUGCACUCAUAGUUCAUCGUCAGGGUCUUUUGAAAAGGCCUUACACAAUUCUUGGGAAGAGUCUUCUGGGAACUGCAAGAUCCAGCCUGUUCCUCUCUGUAUAUUGUGCAUCUGCCUGGGCUUGGACUUGCCUGCUUUUCAGAAUCCUUAAAAGAUGCAACAUUCCAAUGGUCGCAAUUGGCACAUUUCCUACUGGCCUGGCAUUACUAAUUGAGAAAAAGACUAGAAGGAUCGAGAUAUCUUUGUAUUGUCUAGCCCGAGCAAUCGAGAGCUUCUUCACAUGCUUGGCUGAUGCCGGACUGUUACCUCAAGCAUCGAAGUUUAAGCGAGCUGAUGUGGCCGUAUUCAGUUUAGCCACAGCCAUUAUCAUGCACUGCUAUGCACAAGAAAGAGAGGUGUUCCGAUCAAAGUACUUGAAUGUGCUCGACUGGGUCUUUGGUGUGCCCCUAUCACCUGACAACGAACAUGUCAAGAAGUCAUAAAAGAUUUGGAUCUGGUAAUCUAACAGGAUACAACACAGACGUCAAUGUGUUGAUGUAAAUUAGUUUUGGUUCAAAUAGAUGGACCAGUAUAGUUCACAGAAGAUAAAGAGUAUGACCGGCUUCAUUUUCUCAAUCAAUUUUGCCAAGUUUUGAGCCUGCUAAAAAGCUAAAAGAUCUGGUUCUUUUCAGCUGCUGUAAAGGAGGCAGAGUUUCAAGCUCAUCUUGCAGCCUUACAGGUAAUGAAGGGAUUACACCAUAAAUCUACUCUCUCCAGAAGAAUGUUACUGAGCCUGUACUUGUAUUUUAAGUUUCUUUGUCGCUGAAAGGAACUACUAUUGCUAUGGCAGUGUGGUACAGUUUUUUAGACUGCUAGGUUUUUUCUUUAGCAGAAUAAGAUUUGUCUGCAAUUCGAUUCAUUUAAACCAUUGUAUCACAUCUAUUAUAUUAUUUUGAUUACUUCUA